UAGAAGUCCCUGAAAGACCUAAUUUCUUUCCAACAAUUCCAUGGAGCAAAGGAUGUUCAGCUCUGCAUCCUCUUUCCUCUCUAACCCUUUCUUCUAUUUCUUGAUUUUGUUUUUGUUUCUGUUUCAUUCGUUUCAUCUUUCACAGGCCCAACAGAGUUACGUCAACAACAAACAGCUUAAUUGUUACAAUUACAACAACGAUUCUUCAGUUAAUGGGUAUCUCUGCAAUGGUCCUUCGAAAUCUUGCAUCUCCUACCUCACCUUCCGAUCACUCUCUCCUUACAACACCCCCAUCAGCAUCGGCUACCUCUUGCGUGCGGAGGCGGCGCAGAUUGCCAAAAUCAACAACAUAGAGGAAGUCGAUCAGAUCCCUACGGACACCCUCGUCAUAGUUCCUGUGAAUUGUUCUUGUUCAGGUGAGUUCUACCAGCACAAUACCUCCUAUAUCCUGAAAGACAAACAGGAGACGUAUUUUAGUGUUGCAAACAACACCUACCAGGCUCUUACCACUUGUCAAGCCUUGAUGAAUCAAAACCCUUACGAUAGUUACAAUCUCUCCGUCGGAUUGUCACUGGAAGUCCCACUCAGAUGUGCUUGCCCUAGCCGAAACCAGACUGCCAGUGGUGUCAGGUACUUGCUUACGUAUCUGAUUGCUGCCGGUGAUAGUGUUGCUGCGAUUGGUGAGACGUUCGGUGUGGACGAGCAGAGCAUAAACGAUGCAAACGAGUUGCAGACGGGCGAGACUGUCUUCUUCUUUACACCCAUUUUGAUUCCGCUUAAGAACCAGCCCACAAUCAUCACAAAAUCAAGUCCCCCACCGCCGUCGCAGUCCCCUGACUCACCUCCCGUCGUUCCCGGAGGUAACUCUUCAUCGAAGAAAUGGGUCUUUGUCGGCGUUGGAAUUGCAGCUGGUUUAGCUCUUUUGGCCCUCUCCGGGUGUCUGGUUUGGUUCCUGCGUCGCCGGACUCCGCGACCCAAGCCAAUUCCAGAAGAGGGUAAUAAGCUUGGUGGAUCUGCUGAUUACUCUGCCAUACCUGAAAAUAGAUCUGGGUCCGUCACCCUCCAAGGGGCUCGUUUUGUAAUCGAAUCCUUGACCUUGUACAACUUCGAAGAGUUGCAGAGAGCUACCGGGUCCUUCAGUGAAGGUCAUAGGAUCAAGGGCUCUGUUUAUCGCGGCAAGAUUAAUAGCGAUGAUGCUGCUAUAAAGAGGAUGAAAGGGGAUGUCUCAAACGAGAUGAAUAUUCUAAAACAAAUCAACCAUUCCAAUGUGAUCAGACUAUCUGGUUUCUGUGUACACCAAGGGAGCACCUAUCUCGUUUAUGAGUUUGCAGAGAAAGGUUCUCUAAGCGAUUGGCUUCACGAGAAGGAGUAUCUGAGUACUUGCCCUCUUGGGUGGACGCAGAGAGUUCAGAUUGCUUACGAUGUGGCAGAUGGGCUUAAUUACCUUCAUAACUACACGAAUCCUCCCUACAUUCACAAGGAUUUGAAGAGCAGUAACAUUCUCUUGGAUGGGAAUUUCAGGGCCAAGAUAACAAAUUUCGGGUUAGCCAGAACCUUGGAGGAGGAGAAUCAAGAAGAAGGUUUCCAGUUGACAAGGCACGUAGUGGGUACACAGGGUUAUCUGGCCCCUGAAUAUAUAGAAAAUGGCGUAGUUACUCCUAAACUAGAUAUUUUUGCAUUUGGAGUGGUGAUGUUGGAGCUCUUGUCUGGAAGGGAAGCUGCAACUGCCUUUGAUGAUGAAAAGAAAACAGACAGCUUAUUGUGUGAAACAAUACAGCUGGUCUUGACAGGAGAGAACGUGAGAGAGAAGCUAAGGGGAUUCAUGGAUCCUUCUUUGAGGAAUGAGUACCCCCUGGAUUUGGCCUUCUCCAUGGCCCAGCUUGCAGAGAAUUGUGUGGCAUACGAUCUGAAUUCUCGUCCAGCCAUCCCUGAUGUCUUUUUGUCUCUGUCCAAGAUUCUCUCAUCUUCCUUAGAUUGGGAUCCUUCAGAUAACAACCUUCAGAACUCUGGGUCUUUUAGCCAUGGUAGAUAGAUAAGGAAGCUCUCUCUCUUUACUGUCAAAUGAGAGCUA